AUGUUUCCCCUCCCCCACUGCCUCGCCUCUCUCAUUUUAGUUUCACUUUGGAUAGAGAAGAAGUCAACUCGAACCAUGUCUCAUCCUGAAGAAGAGGAGGCUCCUUUCAUGGACCGGUCCAGAUCCUGCUCCCAGUGCUCAGACAGCUCAAGAAAUAAUCCAGAGAAAACCGAUUCUUCCACCCAAACCCCUGCCCCUCAGAAAAAAAGAAGAAGGAGAUCUGUUACGAGCGCUGAUCCAGAGAAGUCCUAUGAUCUGCAAAGUGUUUUCUCCAGCAAGUCCAAAGAUUCUCUGGCAUUUAAAACCACCACAGCUUCACCGGUCAAUGCAGAGAGCUGUGUUUCAGUGAGUGACAGCAUCGACUCAAAGGAGAUAGUCUUGGAUUUAAAAAAAGACAUUUCACAAGCCAUCUCUGUGAGCGGUGUUUCAGUGAGUGACAGCAUCGACUCUAAGGACAUUUUUGUGAAUUUUAAGAAGAACUCUGCACAAGCCAGCGCUGAGAGCGCUGUUUCAGUGAGUGACAGCAUCGACUCUAAGGACCUUGAUGUGAAUUUUAAGAAGGACUCAAAAAAUGAACCCCAUGAUCAUCUGAAAGAAUCCUGUUUGGGUGAAGUGGACGUUCCAUCUGCGUUUCAGGAGAUUCAUGAUUAUGUGAACAGUGAGCUGAAAACCUUUGAGAGGUUGGUGAGCGAAGAUUGCUUUUACGACAACAACUUGAAUGAAUUGCAUUUUGAAGAGGAGAAUAAGCCCAGAAGAUUUGUUCUGGACCUGGCUUUACACAUGCUGAAGAAAAUGAACCUGGAGCCACUGGCAGAAACUCUCGAGAACAGACUUCUUGCUCCUGUCUGCCGGUGCCAGAUAAAGUCUCAACUCAAGAGCAACUGGAUUACUGCUAAAGUCAUGAAUUAUAUCCUUCGAACUGGAGAGGGCCAGCUGCCCCAGACGCUGACAGAGCUGUACAUCCACUUCUUGGUCGUCCAGGCCAAAUCGACCAAAGUUCUGCUGAGUGGCUAUCGUCUCGACUCCAGCGGAUGUGAGGCCUUGGCUUCGGUGCUUGGUUCUCAGUGCAGGCUCAGGGAGCUGGAUCUCAGUCAUAACCUGCUGCAGGACUCUGGGACCCUCAAACUGUGUGAGGGGCUAAAGAGUCCAGCCUGUGCUCUGCAAACACUCAGGCUGAACUUCUGCCGUCUGUCUGCCAGCUCCUGUGAGGCUCUGGCCUCAGUCCUGGUCUCAGAAACCAACAGACUUAAAGAGCUGGACCUCAGUAACAACGACGUCCUGGACUCAGGGGUCGAGACUCUGAGCAGUGCCUUGAUGAGCCCCCACUGUAAACUGGAGACCCUCAGGUUGUCUGGUUGUCAGGUCUCAAAAAGUGGCUGUGCAUCUCUGAUCUCAGCCCUGAAAUCUGAAGGUCGACGUUUAAAAGAACUGGACUUGAGCUACAACCAUCCUGGAGAAGCUGAAGCAAAGAAACUUAAUGAUUUGUUCAAUGAUCCACAGAUGAAACUCAGCUUACAGCACGGAGGAGAGGAAAGAUUGCAAGGAGGGUUCAAGAAAUAUGCACAUCCCAUCGUAUUUGACAUAAACACUGCUCACAAACAGAUACAAUUCUCCGAUGAUAAUAGAACGAUUUCUUUGGCGGUAAAGCAGUUGUACCUUGAUCACUCUGAGAGGUUUGAUAACUGGAAGCAGGUGAUGUGUACAGAGGGGCUGCGAGGCCGGAGGUACUGGGAGGUGGAGUUCACUGGAGACGUCUACAUCGCUGCCACCUACAAAAGCCUCAAACGCAAAGGCAGAGGAGACGAGAGCUGCUUUGGGAAGAACUCCCAGUCCUGGAGUCUAGGCUGUACAGAGACAGAGACGUUUUCUGUCCUCCAUAAAAACAGGAGAUUGUCUUUCAAACAGAAGCCUUCAACUCGAGUGGGGGUGUACCUGGACUGGGAGGGAGGGGCCCUAUGCUUCUAUGACACCUCCUCAGACCAGAAGACCCACCUUCACACUUACAGAGAAACGUUCACAGAGGAGGUCUACCCUGCUUUCAGAAUCAAGACCCAACCAACAAAUUCCUCUGUCACUCUGUGUACAAUAUGA